AUGGAGAAGUACGAGCUGCUCAAGGACAUCGGCUCCGGCAACUUCGGCGUGGCGCGGCUCAUGCGGAACAAGGACACCAAGGAGCUCGUCGCCAUGAAGUACAUCCCGAGGGGGCUCAAGAUUGACGAGAAUGUGGCGAGGGAGAUCAUAAACCACCGCUCGCUGCGGCACCACAACAUCAUCCGCUUCAAGGAGGUCGUGCUCACGCCCACGCACCUCGCCAUCGUCAUGGAGUACGCCGCCGGCGGCGAGCUCUUCGACCGGAUCUGCAGCGCCGGCAGGUUCAGCGAGGACGAGGCGAGGUAUUUCUUCCAGCAGCUCAUCUGCGGUGUCAGCUACUGCCACUUCAUGCAAAUUUGUCACCGGGACUUGAAGCUGGAGAACACGCUAUUGGAUGGCAGCCCGGCUCCGCGGCUAAAGAUCUGCGACUUUGGCUACUCUAAGUCAUCGCUGCUGCAUUCAAAGCCUAAAUCCACCGUUGGAACUCCGGCGUACAUAGCUCCGGAGGUGCUCUCCCGCCGGGAAUAUGACGGCAAGAUGGCAGACGUUUGGUCUUGUGGAGUGACUCUUUACGUGAUGCUGGUCGGUGCGUACCCUUUUGAGGACCCCGAUGAUCCCAAGAAUUUCAGAAAAACGAUUGGGAGAAUAGUGUCAAUUCAGUACCAGAUACCAGAGUAUGUCCACAUAUCCCAAGACUGCAGACAGCUCCUGGCUCGGAUCUUCGUCGCAAAUCCUGCAAAGAGAAUCACAAUUAGGGAGAUUAGGAAUCACCCCUGGUUCCUGAAGAAUUUGCCCAGAGAGCUUACAGAAGCUGCGCAAGCGAAGUACUACAAGAAGGACAACAGUGCCCCCACCUUCUCCGAUCAAACCGUUGAAGAGAUCAUGAAGAUUGUAGAGGAGGCCCGCACGCCACCCCAGUCAUCUACUCCGGUGGCUGGUUUUGGUUGGGCUGAGGAAGAAGAGCAGGAAGAUGGCAAGAGGUCUGAUGAUGACGAGCAGUAUGGGGAGGAUGAGGACUACGAUGGCGAGGACGAGUAUGAUAAACAGGUGAAGCAUGUACAUGCCAGCGGGGAUUUUCAACACCUCCUAAAAUGA